CAACCGCAUGGAGGCGGGGCUUAAGAGGUGCUGCAAAGGGGGGACGGAGGUGCUGGAAUGCUCAGACAGUAAGUGGAGGGAGGUGAUGGACGGUUUCUGUGUUCAGGAGCUCUCUGUGAAAACGUCUCGCCAUCCUUGCUGCGCUGAGACCGGGGAUCCCCGAUACCUGUGCUUCGCUGGGGACGCCCCGUACCCCAAAUACGACCGAGAGAUCACCAACAUCAGCCUGGCACGCCUCACCCUCCGCGCCAUGCAGGCCCUCUGCGCACCACACAGGCUGCUUACUAGGAGGUUCUCUGUGCCCUUGCUGGUGGGGAGGCUGAAGGAGCAGUGCUGUGGAGUAGCAGAGAUGGAGAGGGUGCGCUGUGCAGAGAGAGAGAAAGAGGCCAUGUGUCUAACUGACCACGGAUCUGACAAAAACAAGCAUCCGUUCUGUAUCCAUAGCAACAAGCUGCAGGCCGUUCCCAUAGCAACCGCCGUGGCAACGGAAGCCAGAAAGUGUCCACUUUUUUAAUUACAAAUUGCAAUUCCAGUUCCAACGCUGUUUUGUUCGAUUACAGAUUCCAGUUACAGACUCUGCUGCUGUGAAUACCAUGCGAAUUACAAUAGCACUGAAAGGUUAGGUGAACGACACACACACACACACACACACACAGAGUAACCUGUGCUACACUGAAAGUAUUCUAGAUAAUAAUCCUCAGUUCAGUUACAUUUGGAAUUGAGUUCCAGGCAAUACAAGACACAGAAUAAUAUGUUCAUCAUAUAAUAUAAUUCGGUCCCUUUUCUUUCUGCUGUUCCCCGACCCCUUUACCUUAUUAGAAUGCUUCUAAUCCUUCACAGUGGUUCUGGCAGUCGCAGUGAAUAUUUUACCCCUCUUUUGCUAAAUAAAAGUAUAUUUUGUUGUAUUGUGUGUUGCUUUAAUAAAUAUUAAACAGUG